GCGAGUUCUGACACCUGCAGUUCUGCAUGACACCUCUUUCACAAUGACACGUGAUCCCUGAUCAGGCUCGUCUCUUUAGUUGGCGGGCACUUGGCAUCGAUAUAACCAGUGCCUUAAUCCCACCAAUACACACAGGCCACUCCUGAGCCGGGUCUCUAAUGACGGAAUGGUGGCGCUUAACCGGUAACGCUAUGCAUGAGGGUGAGGUUGCGCUUGUCAUACAUGAGACCAGUCAGUACCCGGACUUGAACUUAACAAGCUGUGUCCAUACUUCUUCAACCAUCGGCAGUCCGAACUGGGAUGAAUCUGGACUUGGUAUGAACGUCGCGCUGUGUAGCACAGUCUCUGCUUAUUGGAAGAGGAAUCUUUGGAACAAAUUACUGAAACCACACCUCGUUUACAACGUACCAUUUGAAAAUUUCAAAUAAUACAAGGAUACAAAUAAUCUCUAAGACCGUUAAAGUUAGAAAUGACUUCUUUGAAGACACAAGACGGGAUUCCUCUGCUGAUGUUCAACACUGAAAUGUCCGUUCACCUGUGAGAAAGGAGUGUUCUCAACACUGUUACCGUCAACCCUGGAAGGGCGCACUUGACUAACGACCUCAUCAAUAUGGCUGUGAUUUUCUGUACCUCGGAGUGCGCACUUGAUUAGAUCUGACCAUGAACAGUCGACAGAAAGAGGUCCUGGCCUCAGGUAGGUCACUGCUGACGAGGAACAUCAUCUGGACGCCCCAACUUGCGACUCUCCUCAAGGAACAGGGCGUGGCCACUGACUCCAUUCUAGCAGACAUCGAGGCAGCGCCUGAACGCCAGGAUAAGGUGCGACUCCUACUGGACAUACUGCCGCUGAGAGGAGCUCAAGCCUACGAGAAAUUCUGCGAUAUCCUUCACCUGACGGGGCACCUGUUUCUUUCUGAUUUCCUCAGAGAGGAAGAGUCUCGGAAGGAUGGCCUUGACACCAGUGACCUCAGCAAACGACUUCCGGUCGUGUCUCGUGGUCUCAAGGACAUUGAGAAGAAGCAACUCGAAGCCUACAUUCUAGAAAAGAUUCAAAGUGAGACCAUGAAAUAUGUAUGGAAAAGAGACACGAAAGAAAAAGAAAAAUGGUUAGAAACAAAACAACUUCAGCUUAAUGAAGCUCAAGAGUUCGAGCAGGCUCGCAAGUCUGCCUUCGAUAAGAUCAAACACCUCGAGCAAUGCGUGCAGGAAGCCCAGGAUGCGCACGUGAAGGCCAGGACAGAGAAGCGCGUGCUCGAGCGCCAGCUGCACGAGAUGCAGGAAAAGCACCGGGACAGCAUGAACAUACAGAUUAAAUAUAACACCGCGAAUGACUCUGCUAUCCAGAGAUCGGGGGAGCAGGUUGGACAACUGAAGGCGACGAUGAAGACAAUUCACAAUACGAUCAACGGUCUCGUGACUUUGAAACCACGUGAGAGUGAACGAGAUUUGAUGGUAUUAAGUGAAAAUGAGUUUGCAUUUUUGGUUCAAGACUUUGAAGCGUUUGUGUCGAAAUAUAAAGAGUUAUUAGAGGUGCAGCAGGCAUAUGAAACGUUGUUAGAAGAGAGAAAUCUGAUGCUUCUCCAUCUUGGAUAUGCACCGGAAGAUCAAGGUGCGCCAUCUUUGUUAUUGGCUUUCAAAGACUUUGCAGUAACGAAUGAUGAAAAUAUACACCAGUUGAGACGGGAGAUUUCUAGAUAUGGAGAUUUGUUGCAGCGAGAAACCGCUAAAGUCGAAGACUUAACGAAAGAAAAAGAUAGCAGAUCUCAAGAAGAUAUUGAACGGGAGUUGAAGAAAUCCAAAAUGGCAUCGGGAGCAGCUGUUUGGCAGGCGGCCAUUAUGACGGUGAUGAGGAAACAGCUAAAUGACCUGAAAAUUGAUGUGAGGAAGAAGGGGACUCAACUCACUAUGCAGGAGGAGGAGAUGACAAAGAUGAAAACCAAACUUACAGCUCAAGAGAAACUGAUUGAACGGUUUAAGGAACGCGCGACUGACACCGAGGAUAUGAGCGAGACGAGACAGACUCUUAACAGCCAUCUUUCGGCUAGCCUUGAGAGUCUGGAAGGGAGAAAGUCAAAGAUGCUGCCGCCGAUUCGAUUGUCUCAGUAUCAGCCUCCAAGCCACUCGCCUGUCCCGAAACAUGGUGGCUCGGUUAGGAAACAUCCCUCCUCCGUGUCUCGGACUUUCCACCGUGAGCCGAUCAGUCUCUCUGACGGGUUGAUAGCUGGGCCUGUUCGUUUGGAGAACCGGUCGAAAAACCAGAUGGGGAAUGUGGUAGGUGAUCUCAAGUCUCUCCACAACCGGCACCGCACCUCAGCCUUCAACGGCAGGAACAGCAUGACCAUCGUGGGCAAGGAGGUUGUCUCCCCUACACCUAGACGACAUCAGGCCAAAGUUAGGACUUAGUGUAAUCUGAGUAUGCCGAUACUAGUGUUACAUAUCUUACUACUUUUAUACAAAAAUACUAAAAUGGGGACUUGACAUACCCAUGGCGCUGUCCUUUGGUGCCCAGCUUUUUGAAAAUCCAAAAAAGUCCCGUUAUAGUAUGGACUUGGUUUUAUGUUUUUGGCGCAUAUGCCCGAAAAUUAGCCUUGAUACCAGCUUUAUUCAAUAUUUCUUGAAAUCCGUCAUCGCAGGUUGAGUUAAUACCUGGGUACUUGAGUUGUCAUGUGCGUGUUGACUGACUAUCCGGGUUACAUCUGGGUGUUGACUGACUAUCCGGGUUACAUCUGGGUGUUGACUGACUAUCCGGGUUACAUCUGGGUGUUGACUGACUAUCCGGGUUACAUCUGGGUGUUGACUAACUAUCUGGGUGUUGACUGACUAUCCGGGUUACAUCUGGGUGUUGUCUGACUAUCCGGGUUACAUAUGGGUGUUGACUGACUAUCCGGGUUACAUAUGGGUGUUGACUGACUAUCCGGGUUACAUCUGGGUGUUGACUGACUAUCUGGGUUACAUAUGGGUGUUGACUAACUAUCCGGGUUACAUCUGGGUGUUGACUGACUAUCCGGGUUACAUCUGGGUGUUGACUAACUAUCCGGGUUACAUAUGGGUGUUGACUGACUAUCCGGGUUACAUCUGGGUGUUGACUGACUAUCCGGGCUACAUCUGGGUGUUGACUGACUAUCCGGGUUACAUCUGGGUGUUGAGUGACUAU